AUGGAUUGUGGUGAGACAUUUAGUUCAGUUAUCAAACCGGCGACUAUUCGUACAGUUCUUAGUUUGGGUCUCUCCAAGGCAUUAUCAAUUUAUCAACUUGACAUCAAAAAUGCUUUUUUAGAUGGAGAAUUCAAGGGGACUGUUUACAUGUAUCAACCUUUGGGCUAUCGGGAUCCUGAUAGACUUAAUCAUGUGUGUUUGCUGAAGAAAUCUCUGUAUGGGCUAAAACAAGCUUCGCAAGCUUGGUAUAAGCAAUUUACUGAUUAUUUCCAUACCCUUGGGUUUUCUCACAUUAAUACCGAUCAUUCCUUGUUUGUUUAUCGUCAAUGUACUUCUAUGGCUUAUUUUUUAUUAUAUGUCGACAAUAUUAUUUUAAUUGCUUUUUCUGAUGAGCUCUGUCGGUCUAUCAUAUUGCUUCUUAGCUCUAAAUUUGCUAUGAAAGAUUUGGGCCCAUUGAGUUAUUUCUUGGUCAUUGCUAUCACUCGUCAUACAGGUGGUUUAUUUUUAUCUCGAAAGAAGUAUGUGGCCGAGAUCAUUGACCAAGCUGGCAUGUCAUCGCAUAAGCCAUCUCUUACUCCAAUUUCUCCAAAACCGAAGCUCGGGGCUACUAUGAGCAUACCAUUUGUGGACCCAUCUCUUUAUCAGAGUCAUGUAGGGGCACUGUUAUACCUUACGUUCACGAGACCAGAUAUUACUUUUGUUGUACAACAUGUAUGCUUAUCCAUGCAUGACCCAUGGGAUGAGCACAUGAACGAUCUCAAGCGGAUUGUACGCUACCUACAAGGUACUUUGGAUUAUCGUCUUCACCUUUAUCCCUCUUCCACAACCACUCUUAUCUCAUUUACUGAUGUUGAUUGGCGUGGGUGGCCCGAUACACGGCAUUUAACUUUGGGUUAUUGUGUCUUUAUGGGUGAUAACUUGAUCUCAUGGUCCACCAAAUGUCAAGCUACUUUGUCCCUUUCUAGUGCAGAGGCAGAAUACCGAGGGUUGCCAAUGUGGUUUUUGAGUCGUGUUGGUUGCGAAACUUGCUUUUGGAACUUCAUUCCUAUUCCACAGGCUACUUUUAUUAACUGUGAUAAUGUUAUUACCAUUUAUCAGGAUGGCAAUCCUAUUCAAGAUUAA